GGGAAAAGGAACGAGAAAGUCGUUAUGUGGAAGAUGUACGGAACUUUCCACAAGCAUAAUACGUUGGCCAGUUUGGUGGCUGUUGUAGAAGACUUGGACUUUUUGGAAAAGAACCAACAUUUGUCCUACAACGAGAAAGUGUUAUACUACUUGCAAUUGCCCCACCAUACAAAGCUCCACAUUACCGCUGGUCAGUUGGGGUUCAGAAAAUCGCAGAGAUCCGAAUACGAAGCCGCUUUCCAGGUAGCUACCAAGAUGUUCAAGACCAUUGAAGAGAAGAACUUGCUUGGACCUAAUGAUAAGAUCGAAUUGAUCAUGACCGACUAUGGAAAGGGAAGAGAUGCCUUCCAGGCAGCCUUGAUGGGAAAGGAAGGACAGCAUAUCAAGCCACACAUAGUAAGAGUCAGCGACGCUACCAAGUUACGGUUCGGUGGUCCUCGUCCUAAGAAGCUCAGAAGAUUGUGA